AUGUUGCAGCCAGCCAGGUUGAAGAAGUUGGCGAAUCAGCUGAGCGUGAACGUCCUCGAAAUUGCCUUUGUCGUCGAGGUCGAGGUGGUUGGUUCGUUUAUCAACAGCUUUUCGGCCAUUACUACAAAUAUCCCCCGUAUAUUUUCUCUUUUCAGAGCACUAGCCGAAGGAAUCCUGGCAGAUAACCCUCACUUGGUACUGCUGUUCUACCUAGCUCAACUAUUUCUAAGAGAACUCAUCAAAAGUCACCGCCUGGUGCAGGUCAUUCCUAUGGAUAUGUCCGGAUAUUACGAAAAUCGCGCCGGCCCGUCGAACCUGGGCAAUGUGAUAAGCCAGAUACUGCUGUGCAAGCAGAUCACGCCCGACUUCAACCAGGAGGAGCUGUGCAGCAUCACGAAGGACUCGCAGGUGAUCGCCCAGAUACUGCAGGACCUGCAGGAGUUUAUGCCCCAGCAGGAGACCUACCUGGAGCGCACCAUCGCGCUGACGGCCGAGAUCAACGGGCCGUGGCCGGCGAAGCGCCGCCGGGGUUCGCUGUACAAAAACAUGGGCCUUUUGUGCUGUGUCUCGCGGCCAAACUAUCUAUGAAUGUAGUGGUGGCACCGUCGUCGACGUCCUAUUUCGGUUCAUCAUCAUCUAACUGCAGCUGGCGGCACUGAUGGCCAGUAGCAGCAGCAUCAUCAUCCUGGGCAAGCCAGACUUCAGUCACAUCCACCAAAAUCCAGUACCUAUAGAUAAGUUUAUUUUUAUACCAGUUUAACGGGGGUUCACGAUCACGCGAUAGCUAUGAGGGCGGGGGAGGACUCCAAUUUUGGCCACCGUUGACAGCUAAUAGUGUCGUUGGUUGAACAACAGAAAAAAAAAACUAAAAACCUGCAGGGCGAAGCUAUCGACCUGGGGAUUAAGCCAAUUGGUCUCGAAAUUGGAUAGGAUUAGCAAACACACAGCUCGGCGGGUACGAGGGAUAGCCAAAAGGGACAAUCGGGUGGACAAAACCGGACAAAGUGUGCUCAACGGUGCAGCAAAAUGAUUUUGCUAGGGCGGACCUUGAAGUCCUCAAUUACACUAAAAGAAACUUAUCGAUUUCGAAUUCCAGUUUCAGUAAUCAUGUCUUAAAUUUUAAUGUUUUAAAUUUCGUAAACAAAUCAUUACGUCGACAAUUUCUUUCCGUGUUAAAGGACAACCCAGCACAAGCUGCAUCGACGACAAGUACCGGCUACUACUACCAACCAGUACCUGGUACCGUUGAGCUGUUGAGGGCACCACUUCGAGAGCGAGAGUGUCCCACAUGGCCUCACAAGCCACAACUAAUCAUGACAUUAAUUAAAUGGGGCUCAACCGCAAGCAGAGUGCAAAGUAAGGAGAAGCAUAAAAGGAAAGCUUGAAAGCUCCUCCAUUCAGAGUUUUCGCAAAAAAUAAAUGAAGGAGAAUGAUGAAGAAAAUGAGGAAAAUGAGGAAAAUUUGCCAGGGCCAGUAUCGACACACACAGCAUGCUCUAAUUGAAAAUUACAGUUCAAUUUAAUUCGAUUGGUAAUCUCCCACACCAGGGCUAUCGAAAGGAUUAGGAAGGUGUGCUCGGAAGGGGUUCAAGAAUCGACCACUGUGAUGACAAAG